AUGGAUGUUAAGACUAUAUUUCUCAAUGAUGAUAUUGAUGAGAUGGUUUAUAUGUUAUGGAGGAAGAUUGCAACAGAGACUGCUCUAGAGGUGCAGAUUCUUUUGGAAAAGUGGCAGCUUUUGCUCUUAGGGCUUAUUUUUCAGUAUAUUCAUGGGUUGGUAGCUCGAGGAGUUCACUAUUUACAUCGACCUGGACCUGUUCUCCAAGAUCUUGGGUUCAUGAUCCUUCCGAUGAAUGUCCUCUUUUGUUGUUUAUUCGAUCACUCUGUUAAUAUCUUCUUUUCUUUCUCCCAUGUUUUCUCUGAAGGGCUGAGAUUGUUUUCAUUCAGUUUUCCAAAUGUUUAUGACAUGAUGUUCCGUCAAUUUCUUCUGCAGUGGACAUUUCACCCUUUCAUUUUCCACAGUAAACGCUUGUAUACAGUUCUAAUAUGGCGGAGGGUGCUGGCUUUUUUAGUUGCCUCACAAAUGUUACGGAUUGUUACAUUCUAUUCUACUCAACUUCCUGGACCUAACUAUCACUGUCGUGAGGGUUCCGAACUUGCCACAUUGCCCCCUCCUGAUAGCGUGUGGGAAGUGCUUCUAAUUAACUUUCCUCGAGGAGUCAUCUAUGGUUGUGGUGAUCUGAUAUUUUCAUCCCACAUGAUAUUCACUCUGGUGUUUGUGUGUGUAUACCAUAAAUAUGGCUCUAAGAGGGAAAAGGGCUUAGAAUGCUUGGAAUCUUAG